UUGCUAAGCCAUCAAGCAUUCACAAUUUCCCCAUAUUUCUCCUUCAAAUAAUCUUCUUAUAAAAGUACUUUCAAAUAAUUCUAAUAAUAAUAACUUUAAAAAUCCCUUAUUUAUAUCUUCCAUUUCUGACCACCUUAAGGAUUCCAAAAACUGUCUUACUUUUUCGUAUCCUUAGUUUUUCUUUCUUCUCUUUGAUCUCCUCUUAUAAACAUUAUAAAGUCCUUUUAUCCAAAAAAUGAGCUCCAAUAAUUAUGCUCUACCUUCUCUUCUUCUCCUCCUCCUCCUGGUCUUCUUCUUCUUAUCUAAUGAAGCUCAAGGUAUUCGCUUGGGAAAUGGGAUCAUCAUCAAGCUUGUUGGCCAACUAGAAAAAACCCUAGAAGAAGUAGAAGGUUUGAAGGAAACUACUAUUUGUGAGAAUGGGCAUUGCAAUUCAGGAAACAAUAGAAAACUUAUGACUGUGACUGCACCACCAAUACCAUCAUCUCCAACUCCUUCUAUAAGGAAUAAUGAAGGAAACUACAAAAAGGGGAUCAGCCCCAAGUCAUCAAAUAAAGAAGAAUCAUCAAGUGUGAAAAAGAAGGAUAAUUUGGAGAAUUCAGAGGCAGUUUCUAAAAAUCUUGAGGCAGCUCUUGACCUUAUAGACAUUGCAGAAAUGGACUAUUCUCCAGCAAAACGAAAGCCUCCAAUACAUAACUAAUCCCAAAAUUUAAAAAAGGGUUAAAACAACAACCAAACAAUAAAGUUUAUAUUUAAACAAAAAAAGUCUAUAUAUUCAACAAAAAGGGUAGAAAAAAAGAGAUAUAUAAUUUGGCAUAUAAAAGACAGCCUUACACAAAUGCUGCAGGUAUUUUAGGGUUUAGCUUAGGGAAACUGUCCUUUUGUACAAAGCAUUAUUAUUAAAAUGCUAUGUUAUAUAUUAAUAUCAAUUAUUAUUAUCGGUGUUAUCAACU